AUGCCAUUCGCCGAGUUGAACUGCAGGCAGCUGCACCAAGCGGCCCGAAAUGAUGAGGUCAACUUGGCCAAGGGCGCGUUGGCAAAGAAGAGAAGUAGCCUCAACAGCAAGGAGAUUGCUGCGCGGCUCCAUGAUGUCCUUUGGUACGCUUGUUUCCUCGAGGACCUGGCCGGAUUGCACACCGCGCUGCACAUCGCUGCCUAUGAAGGCAGCGUGGGGGUCGCCCAGCUUCUUCUUGACUCCAAGGCCGUGCUUGGGAGCAAAGACGACAGCAAGGACACCCCUUUGCACCUGGCCGCGUACAUGGGCCAGGUUGCACAGACUCGCAUAGUACAGCUGCUUCUUUCCAAGAGGGCCGCUGUGGACGAGAAAGGUUCCGGUGACAAGACUGCACUUCACUUGGCAGCGCGACGAGGGCAGCUCGAGGCUGUGCAGCAGCUGAUGGGCCAAGGCCGACUGGCCGACUUUGCAGGUGCGCAGAUUGUUGCCGUGGACAAGGAAGGUGACCUGCCACUGCACGAAGCUGCGCGCAACGGCCACGCUCACCCCUUGGUGUGCUCUGAAGAUGGCUGGAGCAUCUGGCUCAAAGCAUCGCAAAGCGCCCAGGUGGCCGUGGUGCAGGAGCUGAUAAGGGCGCGUGUGCCAGUGGAAGCAGCAAGCCGCUGCGGGAAGACGGCGCUCCAUGUUGCCUGCACCUGGGGUCAGGAGGCCGUGGUCGAGGCUUUGUUGCAGAACGCAGCGUCGGUGCAUGCAGCCGACCUCUGUGGCAACUCCCCCCUGCAUGAGAGAAGGCGGGUGAGCUUAGACCUGGUUUUAGCCUUCCAGGCACCGCUCGAAGCCCGCAACCGAGACCAGCGGACACCGCUCCAUGCCUCCGCUGCGACUGGGAAUUACGACUUUGCCGGAACCCUGAUGCAGUACGGAGCCAGUGCUGAUGCUCCUGACAAAGAUGGUGACUCUCCAGUGCAUCUGGCUGCAUUCUAUGGGCGUACGGGAGUGCUGGAUGUAAUGAUGCAGUUGCGUGUCAUCGCGUUGACGCUGAACAAAGAGGGCCGCUCGCCUGUGCACAGAGCUGUGCAGGGAGGCCGUGUUGCAGCACUAAAGCUUUUGGUUGGUGGAGUGGGCGGAAGGCCCUCGCUGCAAUCGGACACGCCAGACAAUCAGGGUGAGACGCCGUUGCACCUGGCCGCUGGCCUCGGGGAUGGCCACGAGGUGGUGGAGACUUUGGCUCAGAAUCCGGGCACGUCCCUUGAGGCUCGGCGAGCAGACGGUUUGGUACCACUGCUCGUUGCAGCGAUGCAAGGAAAAGCCCGGACUGUCGAGUGUCUUCUCAGAGCGAAAGCACAGUCGGGAGCUUGUGGAGCAGCUGGAGCUGCAGCAAUUCACUUUGCUGCCGGAGGUGGCCACCUUUCUGUGGUUCAUUCGCUGCUGAUGCGACAGGCUUCGCCUAAUGUGCAGAACCAGCGCAAUGAGACUCCAUUUCAGGUGGCAGGUACCCGCGGCUAUGUGGAGGUCGCACGUGCCAUGAACCCUUUCGUGUCCGCUGAGUCAACAAUGCCGAGUGUAGUCUGGAGCUCGUCCACUAGGCAGUUGCGUGUAGGCGCAGCCACUGCUCACCGCCUCUCUUUUUAA